AUGCUUUCAGAUUGUGGGUUUCACAGGACCCAACUGCUCGGUGGGGAAUGGCGUGCGCUGGGAACCCAGACGUUCGUAUCCAACGCCACUCGAGACCUCGGGAUUAUUGUUCUUUCCUCCUCUGCCCCGCAGCGUGGGACCGGGUGGGACCGCCUGUGCUUCGCUUGUGACUCCAAUGAGGCUCCGGUCUGCGGGGUCUGCGCCCUUCUUGCCCGCGCCCUUUCAGCCCACAAUCCGGCAGCCCGCAUCCCUCUAGUGCCUUCCUCCUGCAUCCCCCUGCAGCCCACGCCCCCUGCAGCCCGUGGCCCUCCUGCCCACGCCCCCUGCAGCCCACGCCCCCUGCAGCCGGUGCCCCUCCUGUCCACGCCCCCUGCAGCCAGUGCCCCUUCUGCCCACGCCCCCUGCAGCCCACGCCCCCUGCAGCCCGUGCCCCUCCUGCCCACGCCCCCUGCUGUCCCAGCCCCCUGCAGCCCGUGCCCCUCCUGCCCACGCCCCCUGCAGCCCGUGGCCCUCCUGCCCACGCCCCCUGCAGCCCGUGCCCCUCCUGCCCACGCCCCCUGCAGCCCACGCCCCUCCUGUCCACCCCCCCUGCUGUCCCAGCCCCUUCAGCCGGAGCCCCUGCCGACUUGA